CGGGGAGCGCCCCACUGAACGCCAAUGCGGUUUUCAGGGAGGGCUGAACGGUAAAGCGUGAAGAGAGACCGAGUAUAGACAGGUCCGUUGUGUUUUUAAUAUACAGGAUAAUAGAAUAGAAUCCCUUUGCCCCGGUCACCGAGCUGUAGACAUGGCCCCCUCCUCCUCCCUGUGCGCCCUGGCUCUGCUGCUGCUGCUUCCGCCGCUGCGAGUCGUGUCUCAGGAGUUCGACCUGGGUGAUGCUCUGGAUGAUGUCAAAACCACCACCAAAGCUCCAGCUCCUAAGGUCACUGUGGGCCCCAAGGUCCCAGCUAAACCCCAACCUAAGCCAGAUGAUGGUGGCUUUGACCUGGCCGAUGCGUUGGACCCCAACAAUGACAUCGGCAGCAAGGACAAGGACAAGAGGCCGGGAGGUCAAUUUACCGACAGCGAUCUCGCUGACGUGGGUAACGACAACACCUACAAACCCGACAAGGGCAAAGGAGGGGGUCCGAGGGGUGACAGCGACCAGAUCAACCAGUACGACGACAACAGCGAGACGACAGCUGAGGUGGGAACCAUUGCGGGGAUUAUGAGUGCGGUUGCCAUGGCGCUGGUGGGUGCAAUCACCAGCUACAUAUCGUACCAGAAGAAGAAGCUGUGCUUCAGUAUACAGCAGACUCUGAACACGGACAUGACGAAGGCCGAGAACCUUGAAGGGGUGGUGGCCACAGAACCACAAGCCCAACAAACCCUCCUAGAGCCUCCCAACGCUGAGCCUCCUGUCGAUGAGAAAGCCGUGUAACGCACACUAUUCACCCGUGCACACCUUCCACCCUCCCUCACGCAAAUACACAAACACACACAGCAACCCUGAAAUCUGAUUGGACGCUCAGAUCUUAGAGGGAGUCGUUUAGCAGGAUCAAACUUUGGAUGAGACGUCUUAGUUAGUCGACAGAAAUCUAAUGGUGACUUGCAUGUUGUCGCCCCGAGAAGGUAAAUGUGUAGAAAAAUAACACAAAUACAAAAAAAGACAGAUUGUUUAAGUUUAAACAAGGAAAAAUGUGAAUCACUGCACGGGAUUCUACACCUGCCUCUAUCAUCUACACUGAAUUUCUUUCGACCCUUCAUAAGUGUUAUAUGUACAUAGUAUUUUAUUGUUAGUUUGGGGACCACUAACAGUGUUAGUUUACAGUUAGAGGGUUGUCUUUCAUUUUUUAAAGUCGACGCCGACUAGUCUCUGAUGAUAAUAAACCCAGUAGAAAGUAAUAAAUAUAUAUUCUUCACCUGAAUAUAUACAGUAAGAGCUCAUGUGCUACAUACUGUAUGUAUAGCCUGUAUUAAAACAGGCUGCAACAAUCAGUAGAGUUUAAUAGAGUGGUAUUUCUUUUUUCCUUUUUACUGUGAGCUUGUAGUUACAGUUGUGGUACUUUGCUGUGUUGAAAAGACAAAAAAAAGAAAUACAAAUAAAUGAAUAAAUAAAGUUAAUACUCUUGUAUGUUGCGGAGAGAGAACCCCAUCUGGGCACAGGUAUGUUUUGGUAAUUGCAUUUUCAGUUCAGAAAAAAAUUUAAAUUAAGUUUAAAGGUAUUUUUCUUUAUCAGGGUUGAGAAAAAAAAAAAACUUUAAAAAACAGGCGAUUUCCUUUUACAUUUACGUGUCAUUUUACAAGUAAGAGCACGGCUGAGGACGACACUGUGUUUCUGGAAAGAAAGCCCACAUAUAUGACUUCUGUGUGGUUUCCAUAGACUAGUCCAGACUUAAGUGUCUUUGGAAUCGUACUGUGAUUUUUGACGUUAUCGCAAAACAAAACUUCUCUGCAGCAUAUCAGAGUAAUGUUAGCUAGUAGCUAACUAUUCCCUGAUUAUAUGCAGUUAUUUUUAGUUUUUACCUGAAAUAUGCAGCUUAGUUUUUCUGCUGUCGUGUCAGCUUCACUGAGACUCUUUUAUUGUUUUUUCAAAAAACAAUGUCCAUCAACUCCUGCUACACAGAGCAAUCCUCAUACGUGCUCUUACUUUGAAAACGACAACUUCCGGUUGCACAAUAUAACAAUGUUUCUGUCUCCUAGGGAUUUUAUUUUCUGUUUAUAGAAGAAUUAAAAUUUUUGAUUUUUAAAAUAUUUUUUUUGUUUGUUUUUCUAUAUAUUAUUCUGAACUGAAAAUUCAUACACAGACCAUAUGUAGCUGCCCUGGGUUCAUAGAGAGUCGUUUGUUGUAAAUUAAACCCGGUUUUAGGUGGAUUUACUCACUAGAUCUCAUUAUAGUAGUAGUAGUAGUAGUAAUUUCAAGCAAAGCAGAUAAACUACAGUCAUGAGCUUUCACAAUUAAUAACUUAUUUCUCUUCAAUAGAAUACUGCAUGUGUUUUUUACAUUUUUUUGUAACUGAUUCUCUGUCCAGCUAUUUGCUCAGAAAUCUAAACUGGAGCCGUGGAAGGUGACAGACCUUUGUAGCUUCUUGCUGUCGUGAUCCGUCGUGUAAACGCUCAACACCCGUAUAGGAAGUUUGAUACUGAUUCCACUUAUUAAUCCUGCAAAAUGUGACGUUUGUAUGUAUUUUAUUAAUUGUGCAUAUUGUGCUUAUUCAAUAGUCCUUUAAAGUCCCGGGACUUUUCCCCCCAAAAAGAGCUUUAACAUCAGCACUGCAGGUGUUCACUGUGGGAUGUAACAUGCAUCGCUUUAUUUGGAUUCAGAAGGGAGAAUAUGGCGCAUAUUUAAAAUAACGUGUGUUGUUUUGUUUCCACUUGCCUUUAAGGACUAUUUGUAAAAUGAUUGUAGCCUGGAGGAGCGUCAUAUUUCUCUUAAAGGACUGGGUGUUUAUAGUGUGAUACAGUAGGAACUCAGUUAAAGCUAAGACUUCACAGCAUGUCAAUCUUGGAGGGAUCUUCUUUUAAUUUUUUUGCACUUCAAGACUCACGGACAGAAACAGAAAAGGCUGAUUUGGUGUCGUUGACAGAAAGAAAAGUCACUUUCUAAUGACAAUCUGUUAUAAUCUGCCCCGUUUCCAUUUUAGUUCCCAAGAUACAAUGCAAUCAU